CUGGCACUCGCGAACGGCACGAGAAGUCCAACUGGACGGUCGGUCGAGAAACAACCGCGAGUCUUCGUUGCGCGCACAUCGCGGAUUGUGGUGCUCUCUCGCGAAAAUUCGUGAUGUGAUGGUCGACGGUUUCGUGCAGCAGCAGCAGCAGAAGCAGAAGCAGGAGCAGACAGCCAAGCGUAUCUAGGUGGCCAUGGUUUUGCGCGUUCCCUGGCCAAGUUAAUCAAAGGAAUCCCGCCGUGUUGUCGGCAGUGUUGUGUUUAUUUUUUAGCUCGAAAGUUCGGUGCAACGGUGACUGCUGACUUGCUAAUUACUUCCACGCAGAAGUGUAAUUGGGGAAGGCCGCAAUUGGGAAAAGUUGAUCUCUGUUUUCCCUUUUCCCAUCAACCCGAGCGAGUGAAUUCACACCAAAGUGCAAGUGCUCUGUCGCUCUCUUUCUCUCUCUGUUGUGUGCGCGUGUGUUUGUAUGUGUGUUGUGCUGGCAGGAUUAGUGUGAGGCAGCAGCAACUUCUUCCCCCCGUCCAGUGCCGCCUGAGCAUCGGGCCACACACGCACGCACACACCGUCAUCUACUCCCAGUGACAGCGGUAGCGGAGGAGCGACAGCAGAGGAGGAAACAAGGGCCAUUCGUUGUCUAAAAAAAAUCUUAACACGACGAACGGGUCAUUAUCCUUCCACUUGCAAGAGAGCAGGAAGAAGAAACCGUGCACAUCUGUCUCUCUACCCCGCCAGGCUGCUCAUUCCAACCAUCCCCCCACUCAUCGUUGUUAAAGUGGAAAGUGAAGUGAUCAUAUAGGGCAGCACCAUACACCCAAUUCCCCUACGGCACCCAGAACGCCCUUCCAGAGUCACCGGAAGCACCAUCCCCGGGAAUAUCGGGAGACGAGUGGACGCGUGUACGAGUGUGAGAGAUAAGGAGGUAGAACACGCAGAAGAAAGGAGUGCAGACACGACAACAGGACGACAAACAAAGAGAGAGAGAGAGGAGAAAACUAGGCCAUUCAUCAUGUUUACGGGUACGCUGCGGUUGAAAGUCUGCGAGGCGAUCGGGCUGCGGCCGACGGACUUUCAGACACGGCACACGAUGACAUUUGGCCGGCUCGGUGAUCAGCUCAUCGAUCCGUACGUGUCGAUAGAUGUCGACGAGAAGUUCAUAGAUCGGUCCACCACAAAGCCACGUACCUUCGAUCCGGUGUGGAACGAGAGCUUCAUACACGAGGUGGAGAACGCGAACGUGCUCGGGAUGACAAUCUUCCACGAAGGGCCGAUCACGGACGUGUUCGUGGCCAACACGACAAUAGCGUUCGAUGAUCUGGUCACCCGCAACGAGUCGGAGCAGCAGGAUUUUUGGGUCGAUCUCGAACCGCAGGGCCGGCUGCACGUGAAGAUCGAUCUCCGAUGGACGCAGGACGCCAACAAUGUAGCCUCGCAGAACUCGUGCCGCCGAGCAGUCGUCAAGGAUCAGCCAUUUUUAAAUCGCCGCCGCGGUGCAAUGAGAAGGCGUGUUCAUCAGGUUAAUGGUCACAAGUUUAUGGCCACAUUCCUGCGCCAACCGACAUUCUGUUCCCACUGUCGCGAAUUCAUAUGGGGAUUAGGCAAACAGGGCUAUCAGUGUCAAGUGUGCACGUGCGUCGUCCACAAGCGGUGCCAUAGUUCGGUCGUAACCAAAUGUCCAAAGAAAAAGGAUGAGCAAACCAAACCGACACCAACGGAGGCAGCCCAGCGGUUCAAUGUAAAUAUGCCACAUAGGUUUUCAGUGCACUCGUUCAAGCGGCUGACGUUCUGUGAUCACUGCGGGUCGCUGCUGUACGGCAUCAUCAGGCAGGGGCUGAAGUGCGAGGUGUGCAGCAUGAACAUCCACCGGCGCUGCGAGGGCAACGUGGCAAACAACUGCGGCAUCAACACCAAGCAGCUGGCGGAGCUGCUGAACGAGAUGGGUAUCACCAUGGAUAAAACACCACCCCGUAGAUCUAAGGUAGGCGAGGUUCGGUGCAUUAAGAUGCAACAUUCCCUGCUAAUGCUCACUUAUUUCUCCUUCAUCUGCAACCAGUACUCUAACCAAACGACUAGUGAUAACCUAUCGAUGUCGGAGCGCUCGGACGAUACGAGCUCGCUGGACACGCUCUCGACCAAGAGUGGUGCGGAGGGCGAGCUGGGAGCCCACGGCGGUGGCGGCGGCGGCGGUGGACGGGGCGGAGCCGGCCACUCCUCCAAGGCGGGCGGGCCGACCAUGGGCAUGCUGGUGAACCUCGGCACCGACGACGACGGCAAUGCGCGGCCGAUGCCGGGCAAGGUGUUCCUGAACGACUUCAACUUCAUCAAGGUGCUGGGCAAGGGCUCGUUCGGCAAGGUGAUGCUGGCGGAGAAGAAGGGCACGGACGAGGUGUACGCGAUCAAGGUGCUGAAGAAGGACGUGAUCCUGCAGGACGACGACGUGGACUGCACGAUGACGGAGAAACGCAUACUGGCGCUGGCCGCCAAGCAUCCGUUCCUGACCGCGCUGCACUCGUGCUUCCAGACGCCCGACCGGCUGUUCUUCGUGAUGGAGUACGUGAACGGGGGCGAUCUGAUGUUCCAGAUCCAGCGGGCCCGCAAGUUCGACGAGCCGCGGGCCGCCUUCUACGCGGCGGAGGUCACGCUCGCGCUGCAGUUCCUGCACCGGAACGGCGUCAUCUAUCGCGAUCUGAAGCUGGACAACAUACUGCUCGACGCGGAGGGCCACUGCAAGCUGGCCGACUUUGGCAUGUGCAAGGAGGGCAUCACCGGGGACAACCUCACGUCGACGUUCUGCGGCACGCCCGACUACAUCGCGCCCGAGAUACUGCAGGAGCUCGAUUACGGCCCGUCGGUCGACUGGUGGGCGCUCGGUGUGCUGAUGUACGAAAUGAUGGCCGGCCAGCCCCCGUUCGAGGCGGACAACGAGGACGACCUGUUCGAGGCGAUCCUGCGCGAUGACGUGCUGUACCCGGUGUGGCUUUCCCGCGAGGCAGUCUCGAUUCUGAAAGGAUUUAUGACCAAAAAUGCGGCCAAGCGGUUAGGCUGCACCGAUGGGGAAAACCAGAUCCGCAGCCAUCCCUUCUUCAAGGAUAUGGACUGGGAGGCGCUGGAGCAGCGCAAAGUUCGACCACCAUUCCGGCCACGAGUGCGAAGUGCGCGCGAUGCACUCAACUUCGACACCGAGUUCACCAAGGAGGAUCCCGUGCUGACGCCGGUACCGAACGAUAUCAUCCGGUGCAUCAAUCAGGACGAGUUUGCCGGCUUUUCCUUCACCAAUCCGGAGUUUGGGCCGGAAAGGAAAAUCGUUUGCUAAGGUAGUGGCGGCGCUGGCCCGCUCGUUGGAACGAUCUCUGUCGUAUGUGUUUAUCUUUGGAAAGCGUAUGUGUUGUGUGUGCGCGCGUGCGUGCGUGUACGGAAACGAGCAAAUGGAAAGCAGUACUGGAAACUACUACUACUACUACUAUUACUACUGUACUACUACUACUACACACAGCAUCGCAGAACGCACCACCACCUGGCUCGUCGCAUCCCCCCUUGCAUUGGGCCGCUGCAUGAGGUUUUUGACUGACCGCCCCAGCCAGCACACACGCAUUACACGCACGUCGGUUUGUUUCUGCAGGUCCAUCGAUCCACACCAACGGCAGUGCCUCUCCGUUAGUUGGUUGUUAUCGUGUCGGCAAAAUGGGAGACAAAACGGUUUGCUUUGGAUAUAUGUGGUGAUGUGCACACACACACACACACAUAUUCGCACCAUUAGCGCAUCUUCCGUGUAUAGUUAAGAAGAUUUACCUUUCGUUGUUCACGCUGCAGUUCUGGGUUUUUAGGUGCAAAACAACACUGAAACAUCCACCCCGGGAGUUUGGAUGGUGAUGGUGCAUCAUCAGGCACAGGGAAAAUACGUCCAAAAUGAAAGGAACAUAGAGAGCAAGAGCGAGAUAGAGAUAUAGAGAGAGAAAGAUAGAGGAAUGGAGAUGCAGAUUCUUGAAAGAAGCAAAACGCGUGUACCUCGGCAGUGGUUACUAUCAUCCGUCGUGUGGAGUGGAGGAUUUAACGUUUAAGAUUGUUAGCGAACCAAGAAUAUGUAAGUGAUGUGUAAGGGUCGGUGGAGUGUUAGCCAGGACAGGUCAGAUAUGAUAUAUCAUUCUAUACGUGUUUUAAAUUAGUAUUAUUAUUAACAUCUUCCCGUUGUGGUUAGGUUGAUGUGUUAGUGAAUUUACGGUGGCAUCGCAUUCGGCAGUGCAAAUGUGAAAUGUGCAAAAGGGGGAAGAGACAGCGCACGAAACGCGGCAGCGGGAGGAACGUUCUAAACGGAACCUUUUCGGGACAUGUGUGUUAUGUGUUGCCACGCGGUCAGACAGCCAUGCUGUGUGUGGAUUCUAAACAGCACAGAGCAUGCUGAAAAUGUUUUACUUCCCUAACCAGCAUUAGCAAGCGUUUCGUUAGCGAUCGAUACCAACAGUUAAGCUUGAUGUUAAUUCUAUCGUUUUGUUUUGUUGUUAUUAUUGUACGAUAAUGCUUAUACAAUCUCUGUCUCUGAGUUUUAUGGUACUGCGACUGCAGCCAGUACACCAGUGCCACUACGUAAUGCAAUCUCAUUGGAAUUGGUACACUACGUGCUAUCGCUAGAGCGAUUGGGCGCAUUAUUGGUAGGUGUUUUUUUGUGUUCCAGUCUAGCAGCAAAUGUAACCGUUUGUUUUGUUGUUAUGUUAGCGCGCAACGUGCUUUUGUUUGCACGAGUUGGUUUUUGUUAGCCCCUAAUUUGUUGUUAACGUUAAUGCACUACGUUUUGGGGUUUGAAAAUUUCCGCCUGAGAUUCGCAUUUACUCUAUCCUUACAGCAGGGGUUCACACCAGCCGUGUGUGUGCGUAUUAUGAAGCGAUAUUUAGUUUGCUGUGGGUUGGCGGGUGUGUAUAGACGCACCGCUAUUCAAAUGCUAGUCAUUAUUAGCCCGUGCUACGUAAGCAAAAAUCAUCCCCGCAAGUGCUAUAGACAAAAUCCUUAUUUAAAUUGCGUUUAUUCCGUAAGUCGUUACUCUGCUAGGGCAUCGUGUUGGUGCGUCAAUCAAUUACUCGUUCUAGAUGGUUUUUAUCGUUACUACUCGUGGUUUUUAUUAGUGUGUAACAUACUGCUACCAAAGAUAACCGGAAGGCGGCUGCCAGCAAGGCAAAACCCAUCGCGUCUCCAUCGCGGUGGUGCCCGAUAAUUGCAACUGCGCUUUAAUUUGUAUCUCGAACGCACGAGGAAACUAAUGUUCCCAAAUCAGAACCCAAACAAAAAUGAAAACUCACUCACAUCACAUGUCCAUGCGCUUGCGGCACUGAGUGGGGUUGUGCGUUCAUUCGAUCGAAGCAAAACAAUAAAGAAAGGAGCCAAUCUCUUAGUUAACGUUAUACUCCUUCAUUUUUUCUGUUGAAACCUGCGGGACGGAGGCGCGUGGUGCGUGGAGAUGGUGUUAGGGAGUGGGGUUUGUGGGUUCGUGCUGGAAUGACCCUUGCCAUAGGUUAGCUAAUUGUUAGUACACUAGAGAAAGGAUAUACGUGUUAUAACUGUGCAAAUCAGGUUGCAAAGUGUUUGCUGUAAAACGUGCAGUAUUCGGUUUUUCUUCUUCUUUUAAACAAACAAAAAACAUAGCACAACUUAUUUAUAGUAAUCUUAAUGUGUAAUGGAUUGAUGUUGACUAGUGAAAGAAUGUUUAUUGUAGACAAGCGCGUGGGGGGGGACAAGCAGUUGGCGAACAAAACCAAAGGCUUUGUUGCAUAUAGCUUGGAACGACCCACACGACCACGACGGUGUGUGUAUGUGUGUGGCUAGGAGACAGGCUGUUUUUACACAGACAGGAUGGUGAUGGGAUGGACGAAGGGAUAGAAGGAGAACAAAAACGGAUUCAUUUGCUUUAUCUCAGCGUUAACCUUUCUUCCAAACAAAACAAACCAUACAGGGUUUCCCACGAUUUAUUGGUUGGUUCCCACGAUUUAUUGGUGCGUUCCCACGAUUUUUUGGUCAUUUCCCAUAAUUUUUUGGUAGCAACCCACGAUUUAUUGGUCGGUUCCCAAAUAUUAUUGGUCGGUUCCCAAAUAUUAUUGGUCGUUUCCCAAAUAUUAUUGGUCGGUUCCCAAAUAUAAUAUAAUAUAAUACCGACCAAUAAUAUUUGGGAAACGACCAAUAAUAUUUGGGAACCGACCAAUAAUAUUUGGGAACCGACCAAUAAAUCGUGGGUUGCUACCAAAAAAUUAUGGGAAAUGACCAAAAAAUCGUGGGAACGCACCAAUAAAUCGUGGGAACCAACCAAUAAAUCGUGGGAAACCCUGUAAUGCAAAACUAAACAAACUUGUGGCAUAUCUCUUUUUUUUUAACUUUAACCCCAAACGAGAACAAGUGUAACAUACAUUAGUAAGGCGUCAUAUACUUCACACACACACGCGCGCGCGCAAGCAUAAAUAGCGUAUAGAAUGUCCUUUGCGUUUUGGUUACAAUUGUGUCAAUCAAAUGUGUAAACAAACAAACAACCGCAACAAGAACAAAACAAAAAGAAAACCAAACAAAGUAUGUAGGGAUGGGCUGCUUCGCCCGUGGCACACAAUAGGGCGCAAUAUGUUUGUAUUUAGUUGUUACUAUCGGUUAAACGUGUUUCGUCGUUUCGUGGUACGGUUUUAUUGUGAUUGUCGCAUGUGUGUAGUACAGCGGCGUCAGGGUGUUGGGAGUUGUCGGAAAGUGAGAGAGAGAGAGAGAAGGAGCGCGCCCAAGCAUAGAUAAAGCGCAUACAAAACAAUACAAACACAAUGUAAUCGUACUAGCUCUCACUGCAGUUGCAAAUAGAAGAGAAGAAGAAGAACUGCGCUUUGAGCUUUGUUAUACGGGUGAGUGAGUGUGUGUGUGUGCCGGUGGGCGUUAGACAUCGGGGCAGAAGAGAAUUGUCCGAACAAGUAAUAGAUCUGUAUGUACUAUAGCAUGUUGGGAAGGAAUCGUUUCUGUCUUGCUUUUUACAGACACACACACAUACAUACAUACACGCACACACUUCCACAUAUUUGUUUUUGUUCAGUCCUUUCUUACUGAUGCAAGUGAUAGCGAGGGAAAAAAGCCGUACUCAUGAACGCCGGGCGGGCACACACGAGUCAUGAGAAUGAAUCACAAACCAAACCCUCAAGCACUUGAGAUAGGCAAACUGGGCAAAUGUUAUAAGUAAAAUAAAAGAUGCAAAAAAAUCCGUCUGAUAAUAUUAAAAAAAAAAAACACACACACACACACAUAAGAUAGGAGAUUUAUAAAGCAAACAAACCAACACUCACACACACAUAAACUAGGAGCAUUAAUGUAAAGCACCUGAGGACAUCAACAGAUAGGGAGGGCUCGAUGGAGCGCGGGAAAACACUAGAUGGAGCGAGCGUGUAGUGUAUGCUUUACUGGACAAAAUAGAAUAACAUACACACUCAAAGCAAAUAGCAUUGUACGGCAUCAUCCGUACGCAGUUGUGCAGUGCGUGCUGGAGUUGUGUUGAGUAUUUAGUGAAAUAUUGUAGCAUUUUUUGGCAAACAAAAACAAAAUAUAGCUCCCCGCGCGACGGAAAUGCGAACGACACUUAACGCCUUCAUUAUGAUCGUUGUGUUUUUUGUUUUUUUUUUCUAAUUUUUUCUUAAACAGAGUGAAGUGCUGUACAAAAUAAACCUUCGCUUGAACUCAGCCACACGUUUCGUUAUCGAUUCGGUGAUGAUCAGUAUGGACAAUUGUAGAUUUCACAUGUUAGAUUUCUGUAACACUGUGGGUCCUUUUCAUUCAAACAGCUCGAUCCCGAAAGGAACGCACCCGCUCUCUCUCUCUCUCUCACUGCAGUGUAACAAAGGAUUGUAGAAUUAAUGUUGGUGUAUGUGUUUUAAACAAACAAAAAAAAAGAAGAAAAAGAAGGAAAACCACACAUAGCCACUGCUGUAGAUGGCAGUGAAGCUCGGAGGAAACCAUAAACACAGAAUUCAAUUGGCAUUGAGAGAACGUGGCAGAUGGAGAGGGGAUCCGUGUAAGUAAGUUACAUAUUAGGUAGAUUAAAACACUCCAAAAUAUUCCGCAACAAUGCCAUAACUGUCCCGAGACCGAGACCGGUCGGUGUGGCCAAUGCAACCGAGAAAGAAACAAGAGAAACACACACCCACACCCACACACACACACACACACACACACACGCACACACACACAACAAUUCUAAAAUCGAAUCGUGUAACUGCUGUAAUGAUCGGAAACAGAAAAUGUAAGAAAACCCACAUUAAAUAGAGAAAGAAACAAAAAAAAA